AUUUUAUCUCCCUUGAAGACUGCAGCAUGCAAAGGUGUAAUUAACACAUUGAAAUAAGAGAAAUAUUCUUAACCUGAAAAUCCUCACACAAGUAAAGAUUCCUUCACAACAUAACAAUGGAUUCUGUGAUUUCAUCAAACAACACAUUUGCUUUAGACCUUUUCAAGAAGUUAAGUGAAGGCAAUUCAGGGCAAAACAUCUUUUUUUCUCCUAUGAGCAUUUCAUCUGCUCUAGCAAUGGUUUAUCUUGGGGCAAAAGGUAAUACAGGAUACCAGAUGUCUCAGGUGUUACAGUUUAACCAAAGUGGAAGAACCAAAGGUUGUUUUGUAAAGAAAAGGUGUACUGAGGCAUCAGACCAAAUUCAUGAAGCUUUCCAGGAGCUGUUAUCAGACGUCAACCAACCUAGCUGUGGCUAUCUUCUGAAAACUGCCAAUAAGCUGUUCAGUGAAAACAAUGUCACUAUUGUUACAAAAUACUUGGAACUGCUUCAAAAAUAUUAUCAUGCAGACGUACAAGCUGUCAAUUUCUUGGAAGAGGCAGAAAAUGCAAGAAAGACAAUUAAUUCAUGGGUGGAAGGGCAAACAGAAGGAAAAAUCCAGGAUAUUUUGCCUUCAGGUUCUGUUGACUCACUAACGAGACUUAUCUUGGUAAAUGCCAUUUAUUUUAAAGGGAACUGGGAAACUAAAUUCCCACCAGAGAACACAGAGGAGAAACCAUUUAGAAUGAAUAAGACCACAAGUAAGCUAGUCCAGAUGAUGUAUCAAAGAAGUACUUUCAAAACACAUUACAUUGAUGAUUUAGAAACAACAUUGCUUGAACUUCCAUAUGUCAACAACAAAUUAAGUAUGAUACUAUUACUUCCAGAUGAGAUUAAAGAUGACUCCACUGGUCUGGAACAGCUGGAAAAAGAAUUGAGUUACAAGAAGCUACAAGAGUGGACCAAAGCAGGCAUGAUGGUGUCAAGUGAGGUGGAGGUAGAUCUACCCCAAAUCCACCUGGAAGAAAGCUAUGAUCUGAAAGCAACUUUAAGCAGCAUGGGGUUACUUGAUCUCUUCAGCGCUGAGAAAGCUGAUCUUACAGGGAUAUCGGAUAAAAGAAAUAUCUAUUUGUCACAAGCAUUUCACAAAUCAUUUGUGGAAAUUAAUGAAGAGGGAACAGAGGCUGCAGCUGCAACAGCUGGCAUCAUAAUUGUCAGAAGUGCGCCAAUGGUUGUGAGAUUUGUAGCAGACCACCCAUUCUUAUUCUUCAUAAGACAUAAUAAGACAAACAGUAUUCUUUUUGCUGGGAAAUUCUGCUCCCCAUAGCAUGCACAGCACAAGCGUAAAAUAUCUCAUGCUUAGAAAAUAGAUCAUCUUACAUAUUAUCAGCUUAGGCAAAGCUUUUUCUUAAAGAUAUAUACAUUUGAUCAAUAAAUGAACCUACAGGGCAUUUUUUUGUUUUACUAAAAUAUACUUCAUGAUUAUAAAGCUAUGUUAACAUAACUAGAUGCAAUGUCUAAAUACAAUACAGACAGAAACUUGAAUUAAUUUCAAAACAAACCAAGAAUGGUUCACAUUAUGAGGCAUGAAUUCAUAAUAAAAUGUAUUUAAAGUAAAUGUAAAUUUUGAUGCUUAAGUGCCCGGUUUUUAAAAAUUUGAUUAAAAACAGGGGCACUUUAAUUAAUCAAAAUUUACAUUUCACUUCCUCCACCCGUCACAAAGCCUCUUCCUGGGUCUAAAAUGAGGAAUCCGGCUUCCUCCAAUCUCGGCAUUGAAUCAGACACUGAUUCCCCCGGGGGGAAGCCGUGAUUGGAGGAUGACCUAUCCAUCAUUUCUGAUAUCAGAAAUGGCUUGCGACGACCGGGGGAAGCUGGAGCUGCUGUCAAGUUUAAAAGGUAAGGUGUUUUUUCACAACAGAAGUGAAAUGUAAAUUUUGAUGAAAUAAAGUGCCCCUGUUUUUUUUUUUUUUUUUUUUUUUUUCAAAAGAGCUUUAUUUAUGAAUAUAAGAGAGUACAGAAGCGAAAAGAGAGAAAAAAAAAAAGAAUAAAUAAAAUAGGAAGAGGAGCAUUUCAAUAUAUGUCAUACAGUUACAGUUUUGAACAUUAAAAGGAGAUGGUAUCAUUAUUUUUUAGGUAGUCCGGUUUCCUGGUCUGGAUAAUGCAUAUCAUACGUGGUUAUGUUCAUUUCAAAAUCUCGUUGUUUCAAAUUUUUCCGAGAGAGGACUCUCUCCCUUUGUUCUUAUAUACCUUAUUCUUUGUCUCCUUUUCUUUGUAUUAAACAAUGUAUAGGUGUAGAAAAAUUAAAGUCUUAACUACAACCAUUAGAGGUUGAACAGAAAAGAAAAAAGAAAAACAUUAAAAAUACAUAACGGUACAGUGUCAUUAUAUAUAUCAAAGGUUUAUCCUUUGAUCAGAAACAGGUCACGUGGUCAGGGGGCUAAUGUUUAGGAUCUAUGAAUUUAACUAAUAAUUCAGCGAAUAGACGAGGAAAUUAUUGUGAGUGUAUAUAUUCUUCCCAAAAUAAAAGUAUUGCGUGAUAAAAAUCAA